UCUAACAAAAGACAAUUAUUCUGAUCAUCCCAGGUAUAUACCUACCCAAAGCAUUUCCACAAUCUAACACCCUUUCACUCUAAACCAAAUGGACACUUUUUUUCUCCUGGUACCUCCAUUUGGGUCUGUAGCAUGCCUUCCCAUGCUUGUUCUCUUUAUUAUUAACUCCUUCUUGUGUGUCCCAAACACAACUGCUUCUAUAUUAGGAAACCAGAGCGACCAUUUGGUGUUGCUCAAAUUCAUGGGAUCAAUAUCAAAUGACCCUCAUCAAAUCUUUGCCUCAUGGAAUAGUUCCACCCAUUUUUGUAAGUGGCGUGGAGUUACAUGCAAUCCCAUGUAUCAAAGAGUUACACAGUUGAAUCUUGAAGGAAACAACUUGCAAGGAUUCAUAUCACCUCAUUUAGGAAAUCUCUCUUUCCUAACAAGUCUUAACCUUGGAAACAACAGCUUCAGUGGUAAAAUUCCACAAGAACUGGGUCGGUUGUUACAAUUACAAAACUUAUCUCUCACCAAUAACUCCUUGGAAGGAGAAAUUCCUACAAACUUGACAAGUUGCUCUAAUCUCAAAGUGUUACACUUAUCUGGUAACAAUUUGAUUGGCAAAAUACCAAUUGAAAUUGGCUCUCUUCGAAAGCUCCAAGCAAUGAGCCUUGGAGUAAACAAUUUAACCGGAGCAAUCCCAUCUUCCAUAGGGAAUCUUUCAUCCCUCAUUUCUCUCUCAAUCGGUGUUAAUUACUUGGAGGGCAACCUUCCACAAGAAAUUUGCCACCUCAAAAACCUGGCAUUGAUAUCAGUGCAUGUCAACAAGCUGAUAGGUACAUUUCCUUCUUGUCUUUUCAAUAUGUCAUGUCUUACCACAAUCUCAGCAGCAGACAAUCAAUUCAAUGGCUCUCUCCCGCCAAACAUGUUCCACACUCUCCCUAAUCUCCGAGAAUUUCUAGUUGGCGGGAAUCAUUUUUCAGCUCCACUUCCAACUUCCAUUACAAAUGCUUCAAUCCUACAAACACUUGAUGUUGGUAAAAACCAGUUGGUGGGCCAAGUGCCAAGUCUAGGAAAGCUACAACACCUUUGGUUCCUAAGCUUGUAUUACAACAACUUAGGUGACAAUUCAACAAAGGACUUGGAGUUUUUAAAAUCCUUGGCCAAUUGUAGCAAGUUGCAAGUGGUUUCGAUUUCCUAUAAUAAUUUUGGAGGUAGUUUGCCAAAUUCUGUGGGAAAUUUAUCCACCCAACUCAGUCAACUAUAUCUUGGGGGUAAUCAAAUAUCAGGAAAAAUUCCUGCAGAAUUAGGAAAUCUAGUUAGCUUAACUAUCUUAACCAUGGAAAUUAACCACUUUGAAGGAAGUAUUCCAGCCAAUUUUGGGAAGUUUCAGAAGUUACAAAGGUUGGAAUUGAGUAGAAACAAACUGUCAGGAGAUAUGCCAAAUUUUAUAGGCAACCUUACUCAGUUGUAUUUUUUGGGCAUAGCAGAAAAUGUGUUAGAAGGAAAGAUUCCUCCAAGUAUAGGAAACUGUCAAAAGUUGCAAUACCUUAACCUUUAUAACAACAACCUUAGAGGAAGCAUACCUUCAGAGGUUUUUAGCCUUUUCUCGUUAACAAACUUGUUGGACUUGUCAAAAAAUUCAAUGAGUGGAAGUCUACCUGAUGAAGUGGGCCGGUUAAAAAAUAUUGGGAGGAUGGCUCUAUCUGAAAAUAAUUUGUCUGGUGACAUUCCUGAAACCAUUGGAGACUGCAUAAGCUUGGAGUACCUUUUACUGCAAGGGAAUUCGUUUGAUGGAGUCAUACCAUCCUCAUUGGCUUCACUCAAAGGUCUUCGAGUAUUAGACAUAUCACGAAAUCGUCUGGUUGGAUCAAUUCCUAAGGAUCUGCAGAAAAUUUCUUUCUUGGAAUACUUCAAUGCAUCCUUUAACAUGUUGGAGGGUGAAGUACCAAUGGAAGGUGUCUUUGGGAAUGCAAGUGAGUUAGCAGUGAUUGGGAACAACAAGCUAUGUGGGGGUGUUUCAGAGCUGCAUCUACCACCAUGCCUUAUCAAAGGUAAGAAAUCUGCAAUACACCUGAAUUUCAUGUCCAUAACAAUGAUGAUAGUUAGUGUGGUUGCUUUUCUUCUCAUACUUCCAGUUAUCUACUGGAUGAGGAAAAGAAACGAGAAAAAAACAUCAUUUGAUUUGCCAAUAAUUGACCAAAUGAGUAAGAUUUCCUACCAGAACCUACACCAUGGAACUGAUGGGUUCUCAGUUAAAAACUUGGUAGGAUCUGGGAACUUUGGCUUUGUAUACAAAGGGACUAUUGAGUUAGAAGGAAAUGAUGUUGUUGCCAUAAAGGUGCUAAACCUUCAAAAGAAGGGAGCUCAAAAGAGUUUCAUUGCGGAAUGUAAUGCAUUGAAAAAUGUUAGGCAUCGAAACUUGGUUAAGAUUUUAACAUGUUGUUCUAGCAUAGAUCACAGAGGCCAAGAAUUCAAAGCUCUAGUUUUUGAGUAUAUGACAAAUGGAAGCUUAGAAAGAUGGUUGCAUCCAGAAACAGAAAUUGCAAAUCAUACUUUCUCAUUGAGCCUUGACCAAAGGUUGAAUAUUAUCAUCGAUGUUGCUUCUGCAUUUCAUUAUCUUCACCAUGAAUGUGAGCAAGCUAUCAUUCAUUGUGAUUUGAAGCCAAGCAAUGUUCUUCUUGAUGAUUGCUUGGUAGCUCAUGUGAGUGACUUUGGUUUAGCGAGAAGGCUCUCAUCUAUUGCAGUUUCUCCAAAGCAAACUAGCACUAUUGAAAUAAAGGGAACAAUUGGUUAUGCUCCUCCAGAAUAUGGAAUGGGUUCAGAGGUGUCUACGGAAGGCGACUUGUAUAGCUUUGGAAUUCUGGUUUUGGAAAUGUUAACUGGAAGAAGACCAACUGAUGAAAUGUUUGAAGAUGGUCAUAAUCUCCAUAACUAUGUCAACAUUUCAAUUCCACACAACCUUUCCCAGAUUGUGGACCCGACUAUUCUCCCUAAGGAAUUAAAGCAGGCUUCAAAUUACCAAAACCUGAACCCUAUGCAUCUUGAAGUAGAAAAAUGUCUACUUUCCCUUUUUAGGAUUGCUCUUGCUUGUUCAAAGGAGUCACCAAAAGAAAGAAUGAGUAUGGUUGAUGUCACUAGGGAGCUCAAUCUGAUCAAAAGUUCCUUUUCAUCAUGAAAGAUCAAUUGAGGUUGGCUACAUGACAACCACAAAGUACAAAAUGUAAAUGUAUAAAUUAUACACUACCAUAUUGUUACCAAUUAAUGCUGGAAGAAGUUUCUUAUCCUUUCCUUCUUCAUGAUGCAUGUUGUUUUUUUUUUUUCCUUUUUAAUGUUUUUCCUGUAGAAGUUUUUUUUUUUUUAGUGUAUGUAGCAGCUAGUCACUUAGUCUAACUUACAUGUAUUUCAUUUAAAAGCAAGCAGAAUACCAUUUUGAUUAUGAAUGCAACUAUAAGCUUCUGCUACUGCUGUUGAAGAAAUAGAAAGUAAGAAAUCAGAGAAUGCAAACAAGAAGGACCGAGAUAUAUAUGUUAUUGUUACUCCU